UGGUAGCUCUUGGUUUAAUGUGUAGCGUUCAUCUUUUCCAUUGUUUUUAUUGAGCAGGCUACACUGUGUCGCGCUGCUAUGAUGUCACGAUGUUUAGGUAGCUGCCGCGGCGAUCGACAUCCGGCCUACCAUUAAGGGUACUGUCGGCGGUGGAAACGCAACCUUGGAACUGAGCUGGGCUAUACCGCCCCCUCCCUACCGGACUGAAGCGAACCGAACCGUACCGCACCCUGCAGUAGAAACGCGGCAUAAGGCACUUCCCCUGAAAACAUUCCAACCAACCGCCAUGGUUUAAAGUCUAGUGUGGCACUCUAAUCGAAUGUCUGGUAUUCUUCACUGAAAACCCUGGUCAGAAUGCUGUUUAAUCUCAGUGUCUUGGUAGGGGGUGAGGGCGCGGUGGUGGUGGUCCUACCUGACAUGCAGCCAAUCACCUUGGAGAUCCCACGAGCCCUCAUGGACUCCACGAUGAUCCUGGUACCCUCGGACAUCAUGGUGGUCGGGCCUGGAGAGUGGAGACACCGGGCCAAGCAGGGAGGGUUAGGCUCACAUGAUCAAGUUACGGCCAUAAGGGUGUCUGGCGAGAUGGCCAAUGCCUCCCCAGAUCUGGACAACGCCGAAGCCCAGCGCCAACUCAACAACAACAACCGACCAAUCAGCUCGGGGCUCUGGGACACGGAAUGCACGAGCUCCAAGCUGUUUGAGUGCUCCCGCAUCAGGGCUCUGGCGGACGAGCGGGAUGCGGUCCAGAAGAAGACCUUCACCAAGUGGGUCAACUCCCACCUGUCCCGGGUGUCCUGCCGCAUCGCAGACCUGUACAACGACCUGCGCGAUGGCUACAUGCUCACCAGGCUGCUGGAGGUCCUCAGUGGAGAGCUGCUGCCGCGACCCACACGAGGCCGCAUGCGGAUCCACUGCCUGGAGAACGUGGACAAGGCGCUCCAGUUCCUCAAGGAGCAGCGGGUCCACCUGGAGAACGUGGGAUCCCACGACAUCGUCGACGGCAACCACCGCCUCACGCUGGGCCUCAUCUGGACCAUCAUCCUCCGCUUCCAGAUCCAGGUGAUCAAGAUCGAGACGGAGGACAACAGAGAGACGCGUUCUGCCAAGGAUGCCCUGCUGCUGUGGUGCCAGAUGAAGACGGCAGGGUAUUCUGAGGUGAACAUCCAGAACUUUACCACCUGCUGGAGAGAUGGCCUGGCCUUCAACGCCCUCAUUCACAGACACAGACCGGACUUGAUAGAGUUCAACAAGCUGACGCGCUCCAAUGCCACUCACAACCUCCAACAAGCCUUUAAUAUCGCAGAGCAGAGCCUGGGACUCACCAAGCUCCUGGACCCCGAAGAUGUGAACACAGAGAACCCUGAUGAGAAAUCCAUCAUCACCUACGUGGUCUCCUACUACCACUACUUCUCCAAGAUGAAGGCCCUCAUUGUGGAGGGCAAGAGGGUUGGCAAGGUCCUUGAGAACUGCGUAGAGGCGGAGAAGAUCGUGAACCGCUACGAGGGGCUGGCCUCGGACCUGCUGGACUGGAUCGAGAAGACCAUCGCCGUCAUCAGCAACCAGAAGUUUGCCAACUCCCUGACGGGCGUACAGCAGCAGCUGCAGGCCUUCACCACCUACUGCACCAUCGAAAAGCCCAUCAAGUUUCAGGAGAAGGGGAACCUAGAGGUCCUGCUCUUCACCAUUCAGAGCAAACUGAGGGCCAACAAUCAGAAGCCAUACGUUCCUCACGAUGGAAAACUAAUUUCCGACAUAAAUAAGGCGUGGGAGAGGCUGGAGAAGGCGGAGCAUGAGAGGGGCGUGGCCCUGCGCAAGGAGCUGAUUCGCCAGGAGAAGCUGGAGCUGUUAGCGCAGAGGUUCGACCACAAGACCACCAUGAGGCAGGCGUGGCUCAACGAGAACCAGAGGCUGGUCUCACAGGACAACUUUGGCUACGACCUGCCGGCGGUGGAGGCGGCCAUGAAGAAGCACGAGGCCAUCGAGGCGGACAUCGCCUCGUACGAGGACCGCAUCGGCGUGGUGGUGGAGCUGGCCGGGGAGAUGGAGGCCGAGGGCUACUACGACAUCCGCCGCAUCCUGGCGCGCAAGGAGAACAUCUUGGGCCAGUGGGGCCUCCUGAAGGAGCUGGUGGUGGGCCGCAAGGCCCGGCUGGAGCAGAACCUGGCCCUGCAGAAGACCUUCCAGGACAUGGUGUACAUGAUCGACUGGAUGGAGGACACCCAGGACGACCUGAAGGCGUGGGUGGGCAACAUCACCGCCAGCAUCACGGAGCACGACGAGAUCGCCCGCUGGGGCCAGCCGCAGCCGACCACCUCCUCCACCGACGAGGGCACGCGGCCCGACGGCAGCAAGGGCGACAACCGCUCGGAGCGCGCCGACAACCGCUCGGAGAAGGGCGGCGAGAACCGCUCGGAGAAGGGCGGCGAGAACCGCUCGGAGCGGGGCGGCGAACGAUCGGACCGCGGCGACCGGGACAUGCAAGCCCCCGGAGCUGUGCCAGCGCCCCCGGUGGCCGUCUGGGGUGACAACAGCCGCUUCAAGAGUUGA